CUCACGGGACUGUGACACCGCUCAGAAGGAUACUUGCGCAAGGUAAUGGAACAUACAAGAGGGCCAAAGGAUCUGGGGGAUAAUCGAUCUUCAAAUGAGAGUGGUGUUUGGUUGUUUGUGUACAUAGACGCAACUGAUGUGAGGCGGGUGAAAGCAAUCUGGGCGAGAUUUGCUACGCCAGUGCGACAGGUGCAACGCCAAGCCACCAAAGUCCAGUGAAUGAGGAGGCUAGAAAGUGCGAGGCGAGUGACUUUGUCAUAAACGUAGCAUUAUGUUCUCAUGGGGAAACAGAGUCAGCAGACGUGUGGAAGGAAAGGCCAGUAUAAGAUCCAUGCUUCAGGGUUCAUUUCAGAGCGAGAGAUAUUUCCCUGGUCAUUCCAUUACUCUCAUUCUAGCCUUGGGAAAGUCCGAAAACCCGAAAAGUAUCCGAUCUCAUUGUACGUGCUACUCCUUGGUAUAAUUCAAAUCACGAGAACCUCCCAGGUGCUCCCAGGUGCUCUGAGAGUCCCCGUGAGUCUCCAUGAGUCUCUGAAAUAGGGGGCCUUGUGUCCGAUUUCCGUGAUGUUCCGCACAUGCUAGUAUGUGGGAUGAAUCACGGUGCAUCCGAAUCUACUAUCGUCCCACUCGACAAACGUACAUUUUUCCGUUAGGGGGCCUAUACCAUUGAUUCCUUGGUAAUGUGGUUGGGAGUACCUGAGGAAUGCCUCGGCGCCAAGCAAAGAAAGGUGACACCUCGGUUGACGGAG